GUUUGUUUCAUCUGAAUUGUCAGGCGCGGAUUUUCUUGCUUAAGAUUGGACAGAUACGGCGUUUUUUACUUCCGAGUCUCUCGCUUGUUUGUCUGCUCGUUUGUCUACGGUCGAAGUGUGUGUUAGUGAUUUAUAUUGCCGUGUUCGCCCUUCGUGCGGAGGUGAGUCUCGCAUGCAUGAGCGAGACCAGCUGUAUGGGCAUGGUGUCAAAGUUUCUCAAUCGAAGUUGCGCCGCCUGCGGGCGAAACGUGUCAGGUAUCGUUUGUGGUCCACGGCUCGGGGGCCAGAUCCGUCGUGCCUUGUUCGCGCGGGCAUUUUCGCGCCCAGAUAUUAUCGGAAUUUAUGCUCGGACGAUUCUGAGGAAGAGGAGUGGGUUGAGGACACUUGUGGAACACAGACUGAUAUGGAUGCUGUUGAAUUGGCUGGCAACUCUUUGCGUUCGCAGUGUUCCGAUCGUGGGGCUCAGACAGAUCCCUGUGUUCACAUUGAGUGUGGGACUCAGACUGAUCUUUGUGUUCUCUUUGUUGGUGAGGAGGAGAAGGAGGAGUGUCAUCGAGUGCGCGCUGAUCAGGGUGAUGCUUCUGCAGUUGGGAGUUCCUGUGCAGUCGGGAGUUCCACUGUUCGGAGUGCAGUAGGAAGUUCCACAGUUCGGAGUUCCGCUGAUGCAGUUGUGGAUGCAGUUGGGAGUUCAACAGCUGGGAGUUCUGCAGUUGGGAGUACCGCGGUUUGGAGUUCAGCUGAUGCUGUGGCAUCGAACCCUGGCUGCAAGGACGAGGAGGAGGAUAAUGUUCAUAGUGAAGCAGUUGCUAAGAUGGAGCAGGAGGAGGUGGCUGAGGAGGAUUUUGUUCAUGUUGGUGAGGGGGAGAAGGAGGAGUGUCAUCGAGUGCGCGCUGAUCAGGGUGAUGCUUCUGCAGUUGGGAGUUCCAGUGCAGUCGGGAGUUCCACAGUUCGGAGUGCAGUAGGAAGUUCUACAGUUCGGAGUUCCGCUGAUGCAGUUGUUGAUGCAGUUGGGAGUUCAACAGCUUGGAGUUCUGCAGUUGGGAGUACCGUGGUUUGGAGUUCAGCUGAUGCAGUAGGGAGUUCCAUGAUUUCAAGGACGAGGAGGAGGAUAAUGUUCAUGUUGAAUCCGUGGAGAGUUCCACGGCAGUUGCUGCUGAGGAAGCGUCGCUUGCUUCUCAAUCAAAUGAUGCUGUGCUGCACUCGGUUCCUUUGGAUUAUUCUCUGCACUCUGCUCCUUUGGAUUAUUCUCUGCACUCAGUUCCUUUGGAGUAUUCUCGAGUGCAAAGGGAAGGUGGAGGCCCCGAGGCGCUGCCGUUGGCAUCCUCGAAAACCCGCGGAGAGUGCGAAGUUGACCAGCGUAAAGAUAACUGUGCUUCUCCUUCCCGGCUCUGUUCAUAUGAGUUGCAGAGCAAUCGAUCUGAGUGUCAAGCUGCCAGGGGGAAAGGCCAGAGGCGCCGCAGAAACAGGAGGCGGGCAAGGGCGAAGGCUCAGGCAGAUCUAAUUGGCUCUUCACACCCUGGGAGUUUAUCUAAUGCAGUUGUGAGUUCAGCAGUGACGGAGGACGAGGAGAAACGUAACCACGCAUAUUAUUUGCUUCAGUUGGCGUGUAAUUUAAGGAUCAGGAAAUACUGCUUCCGCAAGUCUGGCUGGGUAAAGCUCGUUCACUCUUUCACGGCUGCCACGCUGUGUCGCCUUAUGGCCUCGGGUGCCGAGGAAAAGGCUGUGUUGCUUGAAGCGCUUCUUCGGGAUCGCGCGAGACUUGGCCCGAUAGCCAAUUUGACCCAUCUGUCGACGGAUAUCAGAGACUUUAGGCACCACAGACUCGUUCCCAAAAGCGUUUCGGAAGCUAUGAGAUACGUGACGAAUUUUCAGGAUGAAUGGAUGCGUCGCAAUGUAAAGAAGUACCGCGAGUUGGCGGCCAAGGCGGGAUACCCAAUUGAUUGAUUGAUUCAGUGAUUGCACAUCGGCUGACAUGGUUGGCCCGAACCAGAAAUUGUUACGUUGUAUUCCAUACUUCACUUAUUGAACAUGCGAGCAAAACAAAACUAGACGGCCUCCGUGGAUUCUUCGACGGAGGUCGUUCUGUGGAGGGAUGUGCUGCAGAAUGGUGUUUAGAUUUGUGUGUGCACGGGGCGUGGCUGUUGGUGGCGGAGGAAGUUCUCUCGCUUGAUGCCUCUGCUUCUGUCGUGUUCUGUGUGAUGUUUGCAGCGCAACGGCUCUGUAUGGCCGUGGUGCACGUUUGGGUGGCCUCUUUCAUCUCUAACCUGUUCCUACACCUUUGCAAUUUUACAUGUCGUGCUGCAUCCUUUUCCUUGUUCCUGCAUCCUCCUCAGUGGCUCGGCAGUGUGAUGAUAUGUGAUGCCUCCCCUAGCUACCCUGUGCUCCGUUUGGGAGUCUUAGGGCUCAGCUGUCACAGCUGUCCGCGCCCUGACUCAAACUCAAAAACCAAGGUUGACGGCUUACCGCCGGCUUCCAGUGCUGCGUAGAGCUCGUCGGCAUCGAUGAGCUAGAGGAAUUCCAGCGCGGGGUGGAGCUAGUUGGCCCACCCGGCCCGGGCGGACAAUGUGGGAACUUAGGGUCCUUGGGGCGAAGAUCCUGAGAGAUUUGACAAUUCGUUGUGAAAAAGUCAUUUGCCUUCCCUGUAGUGCAUCAUGGGGCGUUCGGCCGUGAAAGUCUCCGG